AAUUCCGCCUGUAGUCUUGGGUAUGACGUAAUAUCAAAGUAUGACACAGAGAGAUAUGAAACUCAUUCCUCUUUGAGCAUCCGUAUAGGUCAGCGCAGAAACACUUGAAACUCGCAUCCCGCACGUAACGAAAGAAGCAUAACCUCAGAUUGGUGCGGUCUUUUUAGUAGAUUUUCUGGUUGUCCCUAUCCCUUGAAGUGAUUCGAAAGUCGAAUAAUUAAGUGAAGUAAAUGUAAAAUAUUAGUGUUUUGUUUGCAGAAAUGAGUGAUUCCGGUGUUGUAAAUCGGGUAGUAGUUACGUAUUUCUGUUGGUAAAAUGGACAAGAGCAUGACACUAAGUGACGAGUGCCCUCUUGAUGAAGAAGAACUGAAUUCCAGAAUUUUUGGUGAUUUAGAACCUGUUACGUGGUCAAAUGAUGAUGACACAGACGUUAACAUGUUUUUUCAUAGAGUUGACUCUGAUCAAAUUAUUUACCAGACUAAAAAAAAGAGGUGUAAAAUGAUAGGUAAAUAUGUGAUGGGUGACUUACUAGGGGAAGGUGCUUAUGGAAAGGUUAAAGAAGUGCUUGAUUCUGAAACACUCUGUAGACGGGCUGUGAAAAUAUUGAAAACCAGAAAACUUAGGAGGAUCCCAAAUGGUGAACAGAAUGUUCAAAGAGAAAUUCAGUUGUUGAAAAUUUUGAAGCAUAAGAAUGUGAUAAGCCUGGUGGAUGUUUUAUUCAAUGAAGAAAAACAAAAAAUGUAUUUGGUUUUAGAGUAUUGUGUUGGUGGUCUCCAGGAUAUGUUGGAAAGUACUCCUAAGAAAAAAUUUCCUCUUUGGCAAGCUCAUGGGUAUUUUAGCCAACUCAUAGAUGGAUUGGAAUAUCUUCACAGCAAAGGAAUUGUUCAUAAGGAUAUAAAACCAGGGAAUCUUUUGCUAGCUUUAGAUGGAACAUUGAAAAUAUCAGAUUUUGGUGUUGCUGAAGCUUUAGAUAUGUUUGCCAAAGAUGAUACAUGCACAACAGGGCAAGGAUCCCCUGCAUUCCAACCUCCUGAGAUUGCAAAUGGCCAUGAAACAUUUGCUGGCUUUAAAGUGGACAUUUGGAGCUGUGGAGUUACUUUGUACAAUAUUACUACUGGUCUGUAUCCUUUUGAAGGAGACAAUAUCUAUAGGCUAUUUGAAAAUAUAGGUAAAGGUGAAUACACUAUUCCAAGUGAAAUUGAAAAUCCCCUUCGAAGUCUUAUUGAAGGAAUGUUACAGAAGGAGCCUGAAAUGAGAAUUUCUCUGCAGCAAAUACGACAGCAUCCAUGGUUUGGACGGAAACCUGCCAGGACUUUAGAAUUUGUGCCAGUACCUCCAUUACGAGAAGAUGAAUUUCAUUCAAUGACUGUGUUGCCAUAUUUGAUGGAGUACCAUUAUGGUGAAGAUCCUACUGCAUCAGACAAUCAGAGCCAGUACAUUACAGAACAUCAAUUGAAUGAAGAACGUAAAUUGCAAGAGCAGCAGAAUGCAUUACCUGGAAAUGAUGGCCGAAGAGGAGGAGCCAAACGUCGUUGGCGAAGACCCAUUUCUUGUAUUAGUGUGAAAAAGUUUCCAACUUGCAAACAGUCAUGAUGCUGUGGUGCUGACUCGUUAGUUGCACAUGUCUUUAUUAACCUGCUGAGACGAAUUCCUGGUUAAGAUAAAGAGUAAUGUGAAAUGUAUUUAUGUUGAUUGAAAGGUGCUUACUUAUAAGAAAAGUUUCUGUGGAAAGAAAAAUUGACUAAAGCAGAAAGACUAAUGUACUUGAUUUUAAUAUAUAUUUUGGGCAUUGCAAAUAUAUUUUAUUGUUUGAUAGAGAAAAUUCAGUAUUUUUUGGCUAUUAAAUCAUUAACUUAUGUGGGAAUUCUCAGCUUAUGCUACUACUCUUCAUUUAAUUAAACUAAAUUAACCAAAACCCAUCUAAUUAAAAAUGUGCUAUAUAAAAUUAAAUUUGUUGCCACUUCUAAUUUAUAUAACUUAAAAUUUUCUAUUUGCAUUUCUUGCAUUUUUUUUAAUUGGGCAGUUUUUUGUUUUUAUCUUGCGUAAUUUACUAUCUGUUUCAAUGAAAUGAAAACUUCAACUUUUUGUGUGUGACAAAUGGCAGUGUUGGCCAGAUUUCUUUGUUCUUUAGAAUUUUUUAAUUACCACAGUGAAAUUGAAUUAUUGAAGUUGUCAGUGAAUUUUUUAACCUUGUUAAGCAUGACGCCUUUAAGUGAAAAGUACCAGCAGAUCUAGUAACCUUUUGUGUUCCACUUACAUUUCAUUCCAGAAUGCUUUGUUUUGAGACUUGAGCAUAUAGGGCAGGGCACACGGGAACACACUUUCAUGAUGCGUUUUAAUAAAUUCCAUUCUUCUUUUGUUAUUUGAAACCAAAUUGAAACAUACAGAAUUUCAGAAAUCUCUCCAAACCUGGUGAGGAUGAAAAAAUGAUAAAGGGAAAUAAGAAAUAGAGAAAAAAUUGUUUUUUAAUUAAAUGAACUAAUUUCGUUAAAAGAAAUGAGUAAUAUAAGCUCAGCAUUCCCAUAUGUAUGUACCUUGCUUUCUUUAGAGUAUUGUAUAGCUUUAAGAAAUGUGUGGAUUACAGUUUUUCUAUUUACGUAAUAAUUAUUUCUUUGUGCUGAAGUUUAAUUUCCAAACUUUUAAUUGAAUUCUAAAAUAUUUUUAGUUUGCUUUUAAUACAUCAAUGAAGAAAAGAUCCAUUGUCCAUUGAAAAAUUAUUAAAAUUCUAUUGACAACACAGAUCUCAGGUAGGGCAGUGGGUCCAAAACCUAGACCAAAUAUUGUAAGGAUUGAGUGUUAAAUCUACAGGGUGAUUCACUUCCUCGUAAACCACAAAGCAGAGCCAACUGAGGAUCUCCAUGUGUAAAUAACCAACAAUGUGAUGAAUGAAAUUAUAUAUCACUCUCAAAUUUCAACAUAAUGCCUUGUGCAUAUCAAUUAGUCUUUGUAAGAGAAGAAUUAUUCUAGAAAGAAAUCAUGUAUCCCUUCCAAAAAGUCACUUCCUGAAGAACAAAGUGACUCCUGCAGCAAAUGUUUAUAUUUUUUAUUAAUAUUAUCAAUUUACUGACAAAAAUAUUUUUUUCUUUUAGUUAUAAAACCAAAUUUAUCUAAGUUUAUAUUUAAGAAUUCAGUAAUCCAGUGUUUUAAAAUAGUAAAGAAAUUUAAUAGUUAGUCAGCAAUAUCAUCUGAUUAAAAUAAUGCAAUUGACCACUUACAGAACACUUAAAUAUUGCCAUUGAAAACACAGAUCAAAGCAUAUGGUCUGGUUAUAAAAUGUGUUUGUCAUGAGAUGCCAGAGCAUUUUCAUGGGAGCAUUCACAAGACUAAAAUAAACUUAGCUGUCUAUCAUUGAUCUAUAGCGAUUCUACAUGUGAUAGUAUCAUAUUUAUUUUAUUAGGAGAAUAUGUGAAUAAAAAAUAAGUAUUGAAAUCUAUAUGUGCCUAUACCCAACUUAUUUUAAUCAGGAAAUAGGUUUUGAAAGCCAAAGAAGUGUGUUUGUGAAUUAGUGUGAUAUAUGAAAUUUGAACUGAGAUUGUUUUGGGAGUAUUUGGGAAAAGAAACCUGUUUUAUAUAAAUAUACAUUUUAUAUGAAGAUUCUGAAGUUCAAAAAAGACAUUAUAUUUACAAUGGAGAACCUUUGUACAUGAAAAUUCUUUGAAACUGUUACUGAUUUCAUGAGUAAGUUGCAAAUGAUGAAUUGGUAAACAAUGGUGCAAGAUUUCUUUCUGUAUUUUAUAAAGUCCUUGUGUAGAUAGUGUGUGUCUGUGUAAAUAAUUCCAAUAAUCAUUGUAAAUUAUAUCUGGGAUAAAUCUUAGAUAUAUUGGACAUUGAAAUAUCAUGGCAUUUUUGUUGAGAGUUCCUUUUCUAAAGGAAUGUUCCUUUUAUUCAGUGAACUAUUUAUGGCAUUCAUAUGUUCUGAUAUGGUGUACUAGAAAGUAAAUUACUCUACUGAUAGUAUGUUUUUAGAGUGAAGAUUUCAGAUCUGGAUCUUUAGUCAUUGCUUUGUCAUAUUCAGAUUUAUUGAACUUUCAUGUUGUUUUUUUUUUACUUUUAUGCAAAUGAGUAAGCAAAUACUAAUAUUUCAUAAUUUUGAUCUGUGUUUUACAAUCUUUAAAUAUGUAUUUCUUCAAGGAGGAAACAAUAUUUUCUUAAGUCAUGAGAAUAUUUAAAAUAAUCAGAAAGAUCACCAUAUGUAGAUUUAGAUAAAAAGGAAAUGACAAAGUGCAAAAAGUUUUAAGUAUAUAUUGCUUUUUGAAAUGAACAUGUAUACAUCAUGCUUUAUCACUUCAAGGAAACCUUGAUCUGAUUCAAAUUAUAAGCCGUUGUUUUGUAGUAAUUUAGAUUUAUGUUACCAAUGAACAAAUGGUGUUUUAACUACAAUGAAAUUCUGUACAAUAUGGUGCACUCACCUGUUUUAAAUAGCUAUAGCAGUAGUUGCAGUUGUAGUGUGCCUUCAAAACAAACAUGUGAGAAGAUUGUGAAAUGUAUGUGAUCUUGUUAUUUUCUCAUAAUCAUAGAAUAGGAGACAGUUUAUUUUCUUUCCUUUGUGGCCACACUGCCUCUGUGUACUUUAUAACACCAUUCGCCAGUCCAAUAAGUAGUGAGAACUAUUGCUUGUUUCCUACAAUGCUCAUGACAUACAAGUGUGCUUGUCUUACAUUGUAUGAUAAUCUUGUGCUGAGUUUUGUGCUUUGAAAUGGAAUGCCAUAAUUCAUUGUUAUAAAAAAAAUGAAUUUAAAAUUCGCUCUGGUCUUGUGUGUAUUCUAUUUAUGCCCUGUGUUUGUUUUUUUAGUUUAUUAGAGGGCAUUAUCUCUGAAUUUCAUUUCUUAUUUGGCCAUAUGUUUGUGAAUAUGUAUGAUAUUCUGAGCUGAGAAUUGUGGGUUUUUAUGGAAUAUUAUGUUAAAUAAUGUGAAUGUUGUUUAUGUUUGGUAGUCAAAAUGUUUUUAUGUACUAGUCAAGAUGCAAUUUUUUUGUUUAGUGUGAAACAUACCUCUGUGUGGAAUCUUAUAGAUUCCAAAUUAUUGGACUGUUUUAAUGGCUGUGUUUAGUUUAAAUUAUUUAGGGACAGUGUGUGUGUGUGUGUGAGAGUGAGUGAAAGAGAGAGAAAACGGCAGCCAGGAGUACAGCUAUCUAAUAUUGUGAUAUAUUUUGUACAUAGGAACAUUAUUUCCUGAUUUGUACAUGAAAUAUGUGUUGCAAUCAAUUCCCUUAGUAAUAAUAUUAAAAUUUAGUGUCGUGUUUUAAUGGCUCUUAUCAAAGUAUCCUUAUCUCAGAAGAGCAUUUCUUUGUAAUAUAAAGAGGUUCUGUUCAAAAUUAUCAUACUGUAAUAUUUUUGGAUGAUUUUAAGCUUUUCUUCUUGUUUUAUUUCCUGAAGUUCUAAGUGAAUUUUUUGAAAUUUUGAAUUGCAGCCCUGGAUCUGUUACUGUUAAAAAUAUGUAUUGAUUAUAGGUUCAUCUGUAUUCCAGUGUGUGCAUUGCUUGUGUGCGGUAUCCUUGAGUGUAAAAUUAACCUUGUUUGUAUUAAUAGGGUACUACAAAAAAUAUAUAUAUAUAUAUUGAUGUAAAUAGAGAUAAAUAUUACAUUUUUCACUCAUUUAUUGACGUUUCAUUAACUGCCAUGUUAUCACAACUUUCAGUUACUACUGAUACUUUCUCAAAUGUAGUAUAUACACUUAAUUUUCAAGUUAAAAUUUCAUUUUAUUGAUGCCCAAAAAAGUGGGGAAAGUGAAUACAAGAUGGCAAAAAGGAACAUCAAGAAAUUUAAAAAAAUAUCACAAUUAAGUUAUAUUAACAUUUUCAUUCAUUAGGAAGGAAUUGGUCUGUAACAAUCAACAUUUCAAACUGGUUGAAUUGUUUUUAUUACUUGCUUUUAUGAUUAUUAAUUAUCAAAGAGGUAUCAACCACAAAGUAUGUUAAAACACAAAUUUAAUACAAAGAAUAAACAGCCAUACAUGUGUUUUAGAACUAUUUUUUCUCCAUCUUCAGUGGAUCCAAACAUCAUGGAUUUAGUCAGUGUCAUCUAGAAUGUUGGUAUGUAUGGUUGUAUGUCAUAUAGAAUACUAUGAAUUAAAUUUAUAUUGUAAUGUUCUUUGUGGUUGAUACCUCCUCAAUCCUUAAUUAAUCAUUAUGGAUUACUACCAUAUCUUUGCUGCCACCAUGGAAUUCACUUGGUUUUACAUCGGCAUCCUUAUUUAAAGAAAGUUAUUUUUUAUUAAAAACUUGAUUGACGGAAAUGAGUUGUUGAAAAUUUAAUUCAAACCCUGAAUUCUAAAUUAAGGC